AUGAAGAGAUUCAAUGAUGAUGACUACAACUUCGAAAACAUAAUUAGAAAGAUCAAAUAUUGUAAAGAAUCUGGAUAUAAUAAUAAGAUAUUCUGCUUCAUAAUCAAUAAUAUUGAUUCAAUCCCUCAUGAUAAACUUAUUGAUUCAAUUGUUGAAGCAGGUAUUGAUUUUGCUAUACAAUUAUUAGUUCAUUUCAAACAGCAAAAUAUCAAUUCAAAUGAUUUAAUAUUUUCAUUAUUCAACAAAGAUCAAUCAUUCUUUGACAUUUUAUCAUAUCUUAAUGAUGAAUAUAUUGAUGUUAAAGAUGUUAUUGAAUCAAUCAAAAUAUUAUCAACAGUUAAUAAUCAAUUAGCUAAGAAUAACAUUCAAUCAUAUAUCAUAUCAAAGUUCAAAACAUUUCAAGAAAACAUUAAAGAAAGUCACAAUAAAAUCAACGAAUUAGAAACCAAAAUUAGAGAUUUGAGCCAAAACAAAUCAACAAUUAAUGACGAACUCGCACAAUUGAGGCGAGAAAACUCACAGCUUAAGAAUAAUAACUCAAGCCAAAAUGAUGAAUUGACAAGAUUAAAAAGGGAAAACACCACAUUAAAGGAUGAAAAUGAUAAAUUAAAGAAGCAAAACAUAUCACAAACUGACGAAAUCAAAAAUCGUAAAUCAGAAAAAUCAGCAUUAAAUAGCAAAAUAUACGGAUUAGAAAAGUCAAAUGACUCAAAUGAAUGGAAGUACAAAAGUCAAAAUUCUGAAAUUGAAAAACUUAAAAAAGAGAAUAGAGAAUUAAAAGAUUUAACUUAUGUCAUUACAAAACAGGCAUUUUCAAUAAAUAACAGAGAUUUCAUAAGCAUAAUUGGAGAACAUUUGCCUAAAAUAAAAGAAAUCAAUGGAAUGUGGUUAAAUGAAUCAAAAUUUGAUUAUGUAUAUAGUCUAAUUAAAGAAGCCUCGGACCAAAGAGAUUUGGCAACCAUUCUAUAUUAUUUUAAAGUAAUUGCGCCAACUAUUCAUACAAAAAUUGUCGGCUGCGUUUAUCUCAAGUCUGCAUGGAGAGGAGAUAUCCAAUUAACAAAAGAUUUUAUUGAAUGCGGCGCUGAUAAAUUUUCCGUAUGUAGUGAGGGACGAACAUUUAUUCAUAUGUUUUCAGAAAAAGGAAAUAUUGAUGCAAUUAAAUAUUUCCUGAGGUAUGAUUAUGAUAUCAAUCAGAAAACUAACGAUGGAAAUACACCACUUCAUUUAGCAGUAAUAAAUAAUGAGUACGAUACUUGUAAAUAUCUACUCAAUCUGUCAAAAAUCAAUAAAUCAAUUCAAAAUAAAGAUGGAGAAACUCCAUUAAGCAUUGCUGAGCGCAAAUGUUAUUAUGAUAUUAUCAAUCUUUUAUCAUAA